GUAGAUUGUUGGUUAAAGCUAUUAUUGCUUUCUAUGCGAACAUUCACUAGGUGGAUCCAUGUGUUAAAUGCAGCAGUGGCCUUCACUCUCGAUGGACAUGCCGUCAUGGCCGAUCGGCAACAAAACCCGAUCAAUGGUGCAAAUCACUGUCGUAAACGUACGAAAGGAUAUCAGUUGAGAGUUCAUUGGGAACAUUGAAUGGUACAGCAUGUGCAAUGCUUUUGUGCAUUCCUUUUUGUGCAGCCUAGGCGUGCUGCCACCAGACCUAGACACCCUCACCUAAAGAAUGCAUCAGGCGUUGGGCCCUUGAGGAGCAUACGCAUGGCAAGAAUUGAGGAUGUGGAAGCAUUAGAAGAGCAGGCUAGGGCCAUUGACUGGAAUUUAGCGCAGCUCGAGGAGGAGCAAAGGAGGACAGCCUGUGACAACCCCAGGUUAUGCACAUUCCUUGUCAGCGAGGACAGUGGUGCCAUGCAAGGAUUUGCCAUUGGGUGGCACGUAGCGGGCGAAUUGCAGGUGAUGGCCCUGGCUGUCAGUGCAAAAAGCAGACGAAGAGGCAUUGGCCAACUGUUGUUACGGGAGCUGCUUGACAUCUCUAGAAGGCAAGGGGACUUCAUAGCUAUGCUAGAGGUAAAGGCGAGCAACCACGGCGCUCUGUUGAUGUAUAGCAAGCUGGGCUUUGAUGAGGUGGGCAGGCGCCCCAGAUACUACUCUGAUGGGGAGGAUGCCCUGCUCUUACAGAAGCAACUGUGAAGGCGCUCACAGAAUUUUGCACAUUAUUUGACU